GGCGGCCGCGGCGCCUCCAGUUACUCGAAAGCGACAGACAGGUGAUGUGGUGUGACAUGAAAAGUGCCGCCAACGACGUUAUGGACCGCCUCUCGCUGCUUCGUGCCGCCUCCGAAAAACUAAAAAACCACCAAAAUCAGUGCCCAAGUGUGUGUUUCAGUGACUAAGUGGAUAAAUCAGUGCUUACUUGCACUUGACGUCCUUUCGCGGUUUUUUGCCGCAUGAUGUCGCUUCUUAGUGUUACAGUAAAAAAAGCCCGCUACGUUGGAGCACAAGCAUCACAAUUCAACACAUAUGUAACACUGAAACUUCAAAACGUUAAAUCCACUACUGUGACCGUAAAAGGAGCGACACCAUGCUGGGAACAAGAUUUUUUAUUCGAAACAAACGAUGUGAAUACUGGUCUGCUGAUCGAGGUAUGGAGCAAGGGAAUGAUUUGGGAUCGGGCGCUCGGCUAUCACUGGAUCCCGCUGCAAACUGUUCAGUAUUCGAACGACGAAGGAAAGGGCAAGUGGCUCAGUCUGGAAGCGGAGCUGGUGAUGAGGGACGGGGAGGUCGUCGGUACCAAAAUGCCCACCGGGCAUUCGCUACUUGUCGACUGUCGUUUCGAACUACCUUUCGAUCCCGAAAAUAUAGAGGCAUCAGAUCUUCAAAGAAAAUUAGAAAUGCUGAACAACAUUAUGGAUCAAGAGGCAAGGGCGGAACAGGCGAGGCGACAGAUGCAAUACUUUGGGCAUUCGGGCUACUCGGAGGACAGCGACUACACCUCGGACCUGAACUAUCCGGUGGGCCAGCACGCCAACUCUUCGGCGUCGCAGUUCCGCACCGCCGCGCACCAGAUCCACACGCCGCAGCGGUCGCUCGAGACGUCGCGCGAGAACUCGUACGAGCGGGACGACGGACCGCAUCCUCAUCACCUUCCGGCGCCGCCCGCCACCCAUCAGCACCGCCUUAGUCCGGGCACGACGCAUAGGCAUCGGCUGCAACAGCGCUAUUCUCCAAACGCAGAAGACUACGUGGGCUACGAUAAUUUACAAACAGGCCAAACUUCCAGGAUUCAAUAUCAAGACAGCACUGGCGAUUCGGAGCCGCUUUUUUACAAUAGUAGGCCUCGUACAAGGACCGACUAUUCCAGCCACGAAGCUUGGGUCAGCUGCGAAAGUACCAUAAAUAAUCAAAGUAUGGACAGUAUGGACGCGGAUUAUUCCAUGGAUUCCGAAUAUUAUGGUAGUCAGUCAUCCACACGUAGAUCUAGAGCUUUACGUAGACCGAGUUUAGAAAGACAAACUACAUUAUACGAUGAAUCUCAAUAUUAUGGCCGGUCAAAUUAUUCAAACUAUUCCGAGAAUGUUACACAAGUUGGAUAUUUAAUGUCCAGUUCACAAUCGUUUAACCAAAACCAAUGCAGUGAGGAAUUUUACGACACUCUACCAUAUCCCUUCCAAGAGGAACGCUAUGGACAGCAGGAGGAAGAUCGACAGUGGGACUCUGGAGGAUAUUUUAACAGCGUACCACCUGUUUCCUCCACACGGUCGAAAAAGCUCCCAUCAAUCCCCGCGGUGCAAAACCAGAUCAACAAGCGUCGCUCUUCCAUAAGCACCACGGACGAGGGGUAUCCGGGCUUCGACGACCCGUUCCGAACGAUGAUUAGCACGCCGACCAGCAGACGGAAGAUGCCGCAAAUACCGUCGCGGAGGAGUGCGAGCAGACAGAGUUCCGUGAACGAUACGGAUACCUACGACGGGUACUGCGCCACGCCGGAAAAUUCGACGCACAGGGGCGCCAGCCUUCCUCCGACGCCCACCAAGAAUCCCUCAAAGAUACUCGCACGCCUUCAAAACCAAAACAAGCCGUUCAACAGCCUGCCGCCGACUCCGGGCCGCCAGCUCCCCAAACCCAACCUGAACCACCGCAGUGCCAAGCUAAUGAGAAGCAACCUGAUGAAGCGCACCAGCUCGGCCGAAUACUCGGACAACAUGGCGACGGCGGAGGCCGCCUACGACAACUACUACAUGCGACCGGGCGCCAUGAGCGCCCCCUAUAACGAAGACUACAACUAUGCAUAUCAGAGUAUAGAUAACCUCCCCGCGCAACCCGAAGAGAUCUUGGACGUGACACCGGUGUCCACCAUGAGUGCUGUCAGUGAUAAUAGAACUAAUAACUUUAACGCGAACGUAGUGAACGGCGAAGACUUUUAUUAUAGUGCUCAAAAUGACGAUUACAGUGACGAAAAUACUUAUUACAACACUAAAAACAUUUUUCCGCCGCAAAGGAACAAGCUAUUCACCAAAAGAGAUACAAGUCCUUUGAUCCAGCAAAAUACCGACUCUUUAGAGUCCAAAGACGACGAGUUGAAGGAUUCGUUUGAGACGGCCGUUUCUUCGAUGAACAGCUUGAUGCAAAUGAAAUCUACACCUUACUCGGAGUACUCUACUUACUCUACCGCAGGUGAUAUGGUGAUAACCAACACCACACCAACCGUGGUGCAACCUAUAGAUAGUUUGCAACCAGUCGCAUCGCAAUACAUUGGGGACCACGAACAAAACAAAGCAAUAGUAACGAGUUGUCUGCCCAGCGUGACCGUCGCGCAAGUUCAUAACAAUCACACCACAUUCAUCAACAAUAAAGCUAGAGGUUUCCUGCAAUCGCAGGACUCGAUCGAUCAGCCUCGCAGGCUCCUUAAACAGCAGGAUUCCAUAGAGCAACCUUUCUACAACCAGAACAUCGAAGAGGAGGUUUCUCCCAAUUAUUCCGAUGCGUACUACAACAACGUCGAGGAGCCUUAUUUGGAGACGCAGGAGUCCGUGGAGACUUACAUAGAGGACGACUCGUCGGUUGCGAACUACAAUACCAAAGCAAUAAACCAUGAUUCGCCAACGUCUGUGAUACACGUGGACAACUACGAGGACGCGCAAAGUUUGCGGCGCGGUUCCUCGCAAAUCACGGUGGUCGAUCCGUACCACCCCUCGUUGAGUCGCAACGCCUCGAUCGCGCAGGCUCCGGGAUCGCGCAAAGCCUCGUUCGCGGACUCGUUCGCCGCUCGUCGCACCUCCGGCGACAACUUCGACGAUUUCUCGCGCAAAACGUCGCUCGUGGACGCGGUGGUCGGUAGGCGCGCUUCGCUGAGGCAGUCGCCCACUCCGCCGGAGAUUCUCGAGGAGGCGGCCGAGUUGCACGACCUCGACGAGGUGCCCGAGAAGAAGAGCGUUUCGUUCGAAGAGGAGGAGGAGAAGCAGCAGAGACCGCAGGUUACCGCGCAGCAGCGCUGGCUGUGGGCGUACAACAAGAUCAUCAUGCAGUUAAAUAAUGGGUCAGGAAUUGGAGGCGACUCCGCAGGAAGGGCCAAUGGGCAUCCUGGGGAUAAUCCAUUUUACAGCAACAUUGACAGCAUGCCGGAUAUUCGCCCUAGAAGAAAGUCAAUACCGCUUGUAUCCGACUUGACUAUGGCCGCAACAAAAAGAAAUGCCGGACUGACGUCAGCGGUUCCCAGGGCAACGUUAAACGACGAAGAACUGAAAAUGCACGUUUACAAGAAGACGCUGCAAGCGCUGAUCUACCCGAUCAGCAGCACCACGCCGCACAACUUCAUCGCGUGGACCGCCACCUCGCCCACCUACUGUUACGAGUGCGAGGGGCUGCUGUGGGGCAUCGCGCGCCAGGGGGUCCGGUGCACCGAGUGCGGCGUCAAGUGCCACGAGAAGUGCAAAGACCUGCUCAACGCCGACUGUCUGCAGAGAGCGGCUGAAAAGAGCUCGAAACACGGCGCCGAGGACAAGGCCAACAACAUCAUCACGGCCAUGAAGGAUCGCAUGAAGCAGCGCGAGCGGGAGAAACCGGAAAUCUUCGAACUUAUCAGAACAACAUUUUCAGUGGACCCUGACACACACAUUGACUCAAUCGAGCAAGCGGAGCAAAUGACAAUUGAAGGCACAUCAAAGUGGUCGUGCAAGAUUGCAAUCACAGUGAAGUCGGCUCAAGGACUCAUCGCAAAGGAUAAGAGCGGCACCAGCGACCCCUACGUAACGGUGCAGGUGGGAAAAGUGAAAAAACGAACGAGAACGAUGCCGCAAGAGUUGAAUCCCGUCUGGGACGAAAAGUUUUAUUUCGAGUGUCAUAAUUCCUCGGACCGUAUCAAAGUGCGAGUUUGGGACGAAGACAACGACCUGAAAAGCAAACUCAGACAGAAAUUAACCAGAGAAUCGGACGACUUUUUAGGACAAACAAUAAUUGAGGUUCGCACACUGUCCGGCGAGAUGGACGUCUGGUACAAUUUGGAAAAGCGGACGGACAAAUCCGCCGUGUCCGGCGCCAUCCGCUUGCACAUAUCAGUCGAGAUCAAGGGCGAGGAGAAAGUGGCGCCUUACCACGUGCAGUACACCUGCCUGCACGAGAACCUCUUCCACUACCUCUGCGAGCAGAACUGCGGCAUCGUCACCCUUCCGCAAGCCAAAGGCGACGAUGCUUGGAAGGUUUACUUUGACGAGGCGGCCGAGGAGAUCGUCGACGAAUUCGCCAUGAGAUACGGCAUCGAGUCCAUAUAUCAGGCCAUGACACAUUUUCAUUGCCUUUCGACAAAGUACCUGUGCCCAGGCGUUCCAGCAGUCAUGAGCAUGCUUCUGGCUAAUAUUAACGCAUACUACGCACACACCACAGCAUCAUCAGCAGUCUCUGCAAGUGAUCGAUUUGCAGCGUCAAACUUUGGAAAAGAAAAAUUUGUGAAACUCCUGGAUCAACUGCACAACUCGCUGCGUAUCGACUUGUCCAUGUACAGAAACAACUUCCCUGCAUCAAGCUCCGACAAACUGAUGGACUUGAAGUCCACCGUGGACCUACUCACCAGCAUCACCUUCUUCCGCAUGAAGGUGCAAGAACUAUCGAGUCCUCCGCGAGCUAGCACCGUCGUUAAAGACUGCGUCAAGGCCUGCCUGAGAUCGACAUAUCAAUUUUUGUUCGAGAACACGUACGAAUUGUACAACAGGGAGUUCCAGAGCGACCCGAACGAGCCCAAGAGGGAUCCCGAGGAUCACGGGCCUCGACUGGACAGCGUGGACUUUUGGCACAAACUUAUCGCUCUUAUUGUGUCGGUUAUAGAGGAGGAUAAGAAUAGCUAUGGACCCGUGCUGAACCAGUUUCCGCAAGAACUGAAUAUUGGACAGUUAUCCGCUGCCACAAUGUGGUCCCUCUUUGCGGUGGACAUGAAAUACGCUCUGGAAGAACACGAGCAGCACCGCCUGUGCAAAUCGUCGGCGUACAUGAACCUGCACUUCAAAGUCAAAUGGCUGUACUCGAACUACGUAAAAGACGUACCACCCUAUAAAGGUGCGGUGCCCGAAUACCCGGCAUGGUUCGAGCCGUUCGUGAUGCAGUGGCUAAACGAGAACGACGACGUAUCGUUGGAAUAUCUACAUGGUGCCUUUAAUAGAGACAAAAAGGAUCAGUUCCAAAAAAGCAGCGAACAUGCGCUAUUCUCGAACUCAGUGGUGGACGUGUUUACGCAGCUAACGCAAUGUUUCGACGUGGUGUCCAAACUGGAAUGCCCAGAUCCAGAAAUCUGGAAAAGGUACAUGAAACGCUUCGCGAAAACCAUCGUCAAAGUGCUCAUAGCCUACGCUGACAUAGUCAAGAAAGAAUUCCCUGAACAUCUCAAGGAAGAAAGAAUAGCUUGUAUUUUGAUGAACAACAUCCAGCAACUGAGAGUACAGUUGGAGAAAAUGUUUGAAUCUAUGGGUGGUGAGAAAUUGGAAGAAGAUGCUGCAAAUAUUUUGAAGGAAUUGCAACAAACCUUAAACGGUUCUCUGGAUGAGUUAGCUACCCAAUUCGCAUCAAGUUUGGAACCAAGAAUAACAGUGAGCGUCAAAGAGCUCGCUGAUCUGCUUUUAGCCAUCAAAGGAGGCGGUCAGCCCGGUCAGCUCAAUCAGCAGGCUCAAAGAAACGCAGUUGCUGUUGAGGCUGACGAGGUUUUGAGGCCUCUAAUGGACCUUCUGGACGGAUCUCUGUCUUUAUAUGCUCAAUCUUGCGAGAAGACUGUACUCAAGAGACUACUGAAGGAAUUGUGGAAGAUUGUUAUGAGGAUAUUGGAAAAGACUGUCGUGUUGCCACCUAUGACUGAUAAAACCAUGAUGUUCAAGAGUCUUACAGACAACGCUAAGAACUUGGCGGCCAACACAAAGAUAGAAGACAUGUCGCGUCUCUUCAAAAACCACAUGACUGGAAAGCAAGACGUCAAAAACGCUUUGAGCGGCGUAAUGGAUAUUUCCAAGGAGGUGGAGAAAAACUUGUCGCCAAAACAAUGCGCUGUGCUGGAUGUCGCCUUGGACACCAUCAAGCAGUACUUCCACGCGGGAGGAAACGGUCUGAAAAAGGCCUUCUUGGAUAAAAGCGCGGAACUGCAGAGUCUGCGAUAUGCGUUGUCGUUGUACACGCAGACAACGGAUACUUUGAUCAAGACUUUCGUCACCACGCAAGUCAAUGAAGAUAUGGUGGAUGGACAGGAAGGAAGUGUGGGAGAAGUGUCCAUUCAAGUUGACUUAUUCACUCAUCCGGGAACUGGAGAACACAAAGUUACAACCAAAGUUGUGGCAGCAAACGAUCUUAAAUGGAACGUGGUGUCGGGAAUGUUUAGGCCGUUCGUAGAAAUCAAUUUGAUUGGUCCUCAUUUAUCUGAUAAAAAGAGGAAACAUGCAACCAAGUCAAAAUCGAAUCAUUGGUCGCCCAAAUUUAAUGAUACAUUCCAUUUCAUAAUUGGGAAUGAGGAACAACUAGACUAUUUUGAAUUGCAUAUCUGUGUAAAAGACUAUUGCUUUGCAAGAGAGGAUCGACUUGUGGGUGUAGCAGUGAUGCAACUUAAGGACAUUGUUGAGAAAGGUUCAUGUGCAUGCUGGUUAUCAUUAGGAAAACGCAUCCAAAUGGACGAGACGGGCUGGACGAUACUCCGCAUAUUAUCGCAACGCACAAACGACGAGGUGGCGAAGGAAUUCGUCAAACUAAAGUCGGACAUUAGACAGGAAAAUCCCCUUCCAAAUCAAUAAAAUGCUUUCAUCAUCUAUCCCGUCGAACUCACAUAAAUUUACCUAAUAAGUGUCACUACGAAUAAACAGCUGUGUUCAUAUUUUCAUUACAAGCAGUGUAUAAAAUAAUUGUUGAAUGGACCGUCCUUAUUGACUGAUGACGUAAAAAAAAUUAUGCAUCGUGUAAUAAUAUAUAACGUGCCUCCUCACCCAAAAUAUGAAUGAUAACAAACACACUAAAUUUACACACAUGUCCACGGUAGGCCCGGAAGUAAAGUUUAAAAGACCCUGUUUUUUAUUUUAAAAAUUGAUUCUCUGGCCAUCAAAGUUUAAGUUGUCCCAAAAAAUGCAAUAUUUCUUUAAAAAAUAAUUUUACAAAAAUUGCCAGAAAGAAAGACAAUGUUUUUUUAAAUUAAAUUCUAUACUUUUAGUUCCAACCCAUUUGACGUCUAAAAUAAAACGUAUGAUCUACAAAAGUGUACUUACGGGUCUGCUGUAAAAAGUCUACACACACGAUUUUCGAUAAAUAAUGUAAAAUAAUGCGCAAUAAUGUGUCAGAUUCGCAUUUUCCUCAUAUAUUUGUACUUAAAAUGUGAUUCAAUUAGUAUAAGGAAAUUAAGUAAUAAAUAUUAUAGAUAUUUUUUUAUGCGUGGGGAUUCCAAAUUGCGAUUCGUGUUCCAACAUGCUUGAUCGUUAAUUUAAUCUCUUUAUUCUUUGCACAAUAAUGAAGUUGUUUAUGAAAAAAGAAAACUGUAUACAAAGUUUCUCAACUAAAAUAGUAUAUUAUUACACGAGAGAUAAUGCAGGAUAUUAUUCACAAGGAUGAGGUGGUGGAAUUUAAUUCACUGAAGUUUAUCGACAAAUUUCAAAUUUUAUUAAAAUAAAUUAGUAUUACAGAUUUUAUACCAUUUCUAUUUUUUUUUCAAUUUAGUAAAAGAAAUAAUGAAAAUUUAAAAUGGUAUAAAACCUGUAAUACUUGAAUUUUUUUAAUAAAAUUUGACAGACAAGAAACUUAAAUCAUCCGAGUAAAUAAUGCGCAUAUUCUCGAGUGUAAUACUAUACUUUAUUAAAUGAUUUUCAAAAAUAAAUUAAAAAAUCUGACACAUGGAUAACCUCACUUUUUGCCUUCUCCCAGUUUAAAAUCAAAUUGGUUCAAAUCAUAGUGAAUAUUGAAAUCGGCCAAUCACUGAUGCCUAACACCGUGAAUAAUGAGUUCAUUAUUCACGUUGUUAGGCAUAUAAUAAUAAUAAUUAUUAUUAUUAAAUUUUCAUUUUCUUUAUAUGGGUCAUUCCAACUAAUAGUUUUGUGUGACCCCUCCAUUUUUUUUUUUAAUUUUGUGGAGUUAUUAUCAACAUUACUGAAGAUUUAAAUUUAAAAAAAAGUAUUGUCAAAAUUCGAAAAAUCAUUACUACUACAAAAGUACUUAAUAUUAAGAGCUCAAAUUUUCGGUGAGUCAUUGUUUUGAUGUAGAGAAUAACAUCACAAAACUUUAAAAAAAUCCGCCUGGUUCACACCCCAAACAAAUUUUAUUUGGUGAAAUGACCCAUAUAUGUAUAUUAUAUUAUAUAUUUAAAAAAAUUGACAUUGUUGGAAUGAAAUUAAUACAAAAAAGUGAAUUCACUAAAUUUUUUUUUAAAUUGUUUUUUGUAAAAAAGGCAAAAAAAAUUGAAAUUCAAAAUUUUGUUACUUCAUAUUUUUUUGUUUUGAAGUUGAAAAUAACAACAACUUUCACCAAAUGGAUAAAUUCGUCGUUUCGGAAUUAUUAUUUUUUUAAUAAAAAUGCCACAUUCCAGUAAAUUCGUGGUUCACCGCAAAAAUUUGGUAUUUUAUCUAGUGUCAUGGAACUGGGGUGACCUUUAUAAAGUGUAAUUUAGAACUUUUUGACAUAUUUAACAUAUUUUUGUCACUUAUGCACCCUAUGCAUUUUUACAUAUUUCGAUUCAAAAUAAAAUUCUGAAUACAUAUGUCAUUUGUCAAUUUUUGCCUUGAAUUGGCUGGUAGUCUGAAAAAAAUACAAUUUUAUUCUUUUUGCAAUGCUGGUUUUAGGAGCGUUCAAAAAUUGAAAAACCAUACUAUGCCAAAACUUUUUUUUCAAUAAAAGAGGGUGGUUCGUUGGUCAUAAAAGAAAUCCACUUUUUUUAAAUUUGAUACCAAUUUUUUUAAUAAUAUCGCUUUCAAACUCUUAAUUAAAUUUAAAUGUUUAAUAGGUUUUAAAUUAAGAAUGCUUUAAAGCAUGUGUUUAAAAAAAGUAAUAGAUUUGACAGUUCGUUGAUUUGUUUUGCUGGUAAGUGAAUAUUAACAUUUUAUUUUUCUACGACAACAUCCGCUAAAACUUUUUAUAAAAUAAAAUAAUAAUAAUAAUUGAGGUGGUUAGAAUCAAAGGGGUGUAAGUAAUUGCUUAACAUUUGGUUUUGGUUUUAAAACUACUAAAUAAAAUCAACGAUUAUAAAAAGUUAUAUCUAACCCCAUAGUGUGGCCAUUGUAGGGAAUCUUGCAAUAAAUAAAAAAAGGAAAUAUGAAAUAAAAUAAAAAUUUAUUUCUAAAUAUAAUUAACCUGCGCAUUAGUUUCUGGACCCUUUAGGCUUAAUACUUAUUUCCUUUCCUAAUAGAGCCUCAGUCAAAAAGAGUUUCGCGACUGCCUCACUCAUAUCUGUUAACCGACCAACAUUUUUCGGAUAUGUUUGUGUUCUACAUUUCUUCGAAAUCGCGUUUUUUGUGCAUUCGAUUAAUUACUAUUAGGUAUGAAUCUUUAAUAAUUUAAUUUACUUACUUACGAGCAUUUCCGGUGAAACCAGAAGUGACAAAAAUAUGUUUAAUAUGUCAAAAAGUUCUAAAUUACACCUUAUAAAGGUCACCCCAGUUUCAUGACCCUAGAUAAAAUAACAAAUUUUUGCGUUAAACCACGAGUUUACGAAUUUAGCCAACUUGGGAAUUUUGGUGAAAGUUGUUCAUUUUAUCAACUUCAAACGAAAAAAAUAUGAAGUAAAAAAAAUGUGGCAAUGUGAAAAUGUUGACCUCAAUUUUUUUUUGCUUUUUUUAGAAAAAACGAUGUUUCUGUCUAUUUUUUAAAAAUUUCCCGUGGGUGAACAAAACAAAUUAAAAAAAAGAAAAGAAAAAAUACGGGUCUCAUCGAUUUCGGUAGAGAAACUGUAAAAAAAAUUUGUUAAAAAAUAAUGAUCUACUCCUUUUUGCCUGGUUGAUUUGAGAUGGAAAGACCCUAUAGUAAUAAUAAUAAUAAUAAUAAUAAUAAAAGUAUCACACAUCAAAGUAAUGGGACAUUUCAAUUAGGAAUGUUGUCAAAUUAUUGAGGUUAUGUAUCUGUCAGUUUAAUGUCAAUUUUGUCUUAUUUUCUAAAAAUAAUACAAUAUAAGUAUUUUUUGUGUCAUAAAAUAAGACCUUUAUACAAAAUACAUAUAUUAAUAUACAAUUGUAAUGAUUUUAGAAAAUGACAAAAUUAGCGUUAAACUGACAGGUAUAUUUUUAAACAUCGUUAUAAAAUGUUAUUUCUUAGAUGGGAAACUUUGUUUACUAAAGUUCAUAUUCUUUAUACAGUGCUGGUGUACUUAAAUAUCUAAAAAUGGAGCCUUAUGUAUACUUUAAUCAUGCAUUUCACUAAAACUUAAAUAAGUGUGGACUCUUUGCAUUGCAUUCUUCACUGUGAUAAUUCAAGUACAGUGUUUUGUAUUUAUGUCGUCUGUCUGUGUAUUAGAUGUUCUUUGAUUCUGAUAAAAAUAUAUUGACAUCGUUUUUGUAACAUUUUUCAAUCAUCCGAUCAUUUAAAACAAUCUACAUUUUUUAGUUAUACAAGAAUUAUAAAAUUUAGGAUGUAAAAGUUCUCAGUAAAAAUAACACUAAAAACGACAUAAUUUUUUUUUGAUAAGCAGUUUUAAUGUUAUUGAGCAUUUGUUUGUGUGUCAUAAUGUAGAUACUAUAAUCCAUCUAAUAGCGGUUAUUAAUGAAACAAACCAAAUAAGACAAAUGAGAUUACCAUGGUUGUCGGAUGUAUUUAAAUCAACAAUUACAAUUUUAAAUCCUCAUAACUUUGUUGUCAUUAACAAAUUUUACUUAAAAAAAAGAAUGAAAUUUGUGGUCUUAAAACAUAAAAGCUUAUGACUCAAAAACUGCUUGUUGAUUCAUUGUAGGUAUGACUAAAAAAUGUUAAUUUAUCAAACCACUGAUAUAAAUUGCAGUUGUAUUAAACAUAUUACAUGUUUUCUUAAGCUUAUUUUAAAUGUAAAAAUGUAUAAAAACAUUUUUUUUAAUAUGGUAGGUAACCAUAGUUGUCCUUGUUUUUUACACCAAAACAUAUCUGUAGAACUUUUGUAAAAAAAUGGUUUUAUAUGAUUUUAUUUACAUUUAAAAAAUAUUUUAAUCAGUGGAUCAGUCGCUUUCAUAAUAAAUUGACAAUAUAAAUAUCAUAAGUCAUAGCAAAAGUGAUUUUUGUAUAUUUCUCAUUGAAAUAAACAGCAAAAAAGAAUAAAAAUUCAUUCAAUGUGCAUUGUCUGUUUAGAUGUAAGAAGUAGUUGAUUGGAAAGUCGAGAACUGAUUAGAUAAAUAAAUUAAAAAUUAAAUUCUAUUCAUCUGUAUCAAUCAUGAUCUUCCAUAAAUAAUGUAAAAAAAUAAAUUUAAUUUUCAAAACAAAUCAGUCAUAAAUAUGUAAUUUUUAUUUGGCUUAAGUCGGUUAUGUAAGUAUUAUUGGGUAACAAUUUACCUUUGAAUAGUUCAAAACGGGUGUAAAAGUUUAAUCGGAAACCAAAAUAGUGCAAAAACGACUUUAUUUUUUAUGCUAGAGCCCAUUGGAAGGCAUUAACACAUUUGGUUUGACUCUUAAGUCGUGUGCCUUUUUUCUCUAUAACUAUAAAUAUUUUUUUUCGUAUUUCUUACACCCAUUGAUAUACAAGAUGAUAAAUAAUAAAUAUUUAAAUAAAAUUUGUGAGGUAUCUACAACAUAAUAAUCUUACAUUUAGUACUUGUCCAAAAAUGUGUCACCUUUAAAGUUAUUGUAUAAUUUAACUGCAUUUAAAAAUUAAUUAACAAAGUUCCUUUGAUUGGUUAAAAAACAAAAACAUAAAUAGAUAUUUAGGUAAAUUCAUCAAAAUCAUAUCCAGUUAGGUGCUCCCAGAAAAAAAUGGGCUAACAUCAUUAUUACUAUUAAACGUAGUUAAAAAUGUACCUAAUUAAUUUAAUAUCAUAAAUUUUCGUCGAGUGUUGAAAAUUUUUCACUAAAAUUUAAAAUCUCUAUUUAUUAAAUGUAUUGCAGUGUCUCAAAACGGCUUUAAAAUGUCCAGUCGUUUAAAAACUUCCUUUCCUUUUUAUUUAAUUAAAAUUUAAAUACAUUUUAAUUACCUGGCAGCCUAAUAACAUCCCACCUUAAUAAUAUUUAUUUACCUAUCUGCAUUAACAAGUGGUUUAAGAUUAUAAUAAAACAUGGCAAGAUAAAUAAACAAGCGAAUUAAGUAAAAAGGGAAGUAAAGGUUUUAUUGUUUUCAUUAUCGUGUUGAAUAUUCAUAUAUGAUAAAAAAAGACUUUUUGAAUUACAUGUUAUGUAUAUGAAAUGAUUUUAUAAAGAUUUGCUGGUAAAGUCUGUUGUUUAAAUCGUACAAAUUGUUAUGAUAAAAAAUAUCUGUAAAUGAAUAGUUACGUAUUAUAGAUUUUCUAGAAUAUAUUCUAUUCAUAACUUAUUGUAAAUGUACUUAUAGGAACAUAAAUACAUGUCUUUUUUAAUUUUAUAUAUAUUUUUUUUCACAAAAUGACCAACAUGUAAUGAUAUGUAUAACCACAACUUAAAUAUGUGUAAAAAAUUAUGUUAAUAUGUAAUUGUAAAAUAUUAAAAAUAUUCACAAAAAUUGUCCUUGUAAACUAAGGACCUUUUAUUAUGUAAUGUAUUCUUGUUAUACCAUUCAAGCCUAUUUUUAGAUUGGAUGGUUACUCUCUGUAAAUAUUACAUAUUGCUGUAAAAACAUUUUCAAAUUAAUUAUUAUAAUAACAUGGACCAUAGAUACUUAAUUUACUUAUAUAUUACCUAGCCUAUGAAAGUGCGCACAUAUGUAAAUACAUCAAAUCAUUUUUAUAGGCUAUUAUGUGUUUGUUACUGGGCCCCAAGUCCCCAUUGUAACAUUAUUUUAUUUGUCAAAAAUAUAUGCAUUAAAAGCCUCA